UGUUCCAAGUGAACCGUCUUCCCUUCGGCAUAGCAUCUGCACCCUCCAUUUUUCAAAGAACUAUGGAUCAAGUGCUUCAAGGGCUGCCGCAGACCACCUGCUACCUGGACGACAUCCUGGUGACUGGCAGAACGAAGGAAAAUCCUAGGCCCAACGACCGGGAUCCCUACAAUGACAGCAGCGAGGCUCCAGAGGUGGGCCUGUCAGCUAGCCGCACACCGCUACACCAUCGUCCACCGGUCUUCCGAGGAAAAUGCCAAUGCAGACUGCUUGUCAAGACUCCCAAAAGCAACGGACAACCCCAACACAGACGCCGUCGACGAAACGUUCGCCUUCUACUGAACACCCGGCACCCGACAACAAGAGAGUCUCCGGCCCAGUUGAUGCUACUGCGGCAUCUUCGCACCAGACUGGACCUCCUGAAACCAUCAGUUGCAGACUGUGUGGCCAGCGCACACUACCGCCAACAGCGGCAACACCCAGGACAAGAGCGGGCUUUCACUGCAGGAGACCAAGUCUAUGCCAGAGAUUAUCGAAGUGGUCACAAGUGGCAGCCAGGAACAGUCGCUGCCCAAACUGGUCCAGUGUCUUUCCAAGUGCAAGUCUCCCCGGGACGGGUAUGGCGAAGGCAUCAGGACCAGUUGCUCCGAGCACCGUCGCAAGACUCCGGACCUUCAGAGUCUCGUCCAGACGAAGCGGGAGGGGUGUCUGCCACGGCUUGGACAGACAGCACACCGGAAGACAGCGCAGGCUACAGAUGCCUUCCACAGGCCUCUUUGCCUGCACCAUCCAAAGUCCCGAGGCCAAGAAGCAACACCCAGGAUGCUGAGACGCUCAUGGAUGCAGAUAAUAGUGACGGAGAGCGACGGUAUCCCGUGCGAGAUCGGCGCAAGCCUCGAAGGCUAAUAGAAGAAUGAAAAAAAAAAAAAA